AUGGCAGACCAGUCGAAUGGAAGUAAGGGUGCGGCUGACUCGUCUCAAUCACAAUUGCUAUGGCGGCACCCCUCGCCCAAAGACACACAGAUGUGGGAGUUCUUGCAACGAGUCAACAAACGAUACAAUAAAUCCUUCACGACCUACGACGAACUAUACCAAUGGAGCAUUAUCGACGUCGAACAGGUAUGGGGCGAGAUUUGGGAUUACUGUGGCAUUCGUGCUUCACAACCAUACAAGACCGUCGUCUCGUCGAAUACACAAAUGUUUCCUCGUCCAGCCUGGUUUGAAGGAGCAAAGCUCAACUUCGCCGAGAACCUGCUGUACCCGACGCAGACAAUAAACGAGGACUCACCGGCUGUUAUUGCGGCUACAGAGACUACGAGGGAAACUGUCAGCUGGAAGCAAUUGCGAGGAAGAGUCAAGCAAUGCCAGGCUGGUAUGCUAGGUAUGCAGCUCAAGGCUGGGGAUAGGGUUGCUGGAUAUGUGGCCAACCAUACAAAUGCCUUGGUAGCUAUGCUGGCGGCAACAUCAUUGGGAGCAAUCUGGACCGCUGUGAGCCCAGAUACUGGUGUGACGGCAGUCUUGGAUCGCAUGGUUCAGAUAGAGCCGGUUCUACUAUUUACGGAUAAUGCUGUGAUGUACAACGGCAAGACUCAUCCUGUUCUUCCCAAAGUCAAGGACAUCAUCGCUUCAUUACCGUCGUUGAAAGGCACCAUCAUAUUUGAGACGGUCCAAUCGAUGGGGACGAAAGUAGACGGACAUGAGACGGCCGAGAAAGUGUUCACUUAUCGCAGCUUCAUCAAUAUGAACUCUUCGCCUCCGAAAGAGCUCCACUUCGAACAGUUAUCUCCCGAUCAUCCGGUCUACAUUCUCUACAGCUCAGGUACAACCGGUGCGCCGAAGUGCAUCGUCCACGGCGCCAUUGGUACCCUGAUACAGCAUAAGAAAGAGCAUAUCCUACAAAGCGACAUCAGGCCAGGUGAUCGAUUGUUUUACUUCACGACCUGUACUUGGAUGAUGUGGCAUUGGCUAGUGUCCGGGCUCGCAGCAGGUGCCACGCUGAUCUUAUACGAUGGCUCGCCAUUUCAGUACCAAUCGAAUGGCCAAAGCGUUAAAGACGACAUGGCGAUGCCUAGACUCAUUGACGAGCUUGAUAUCACUCAGUUUGGCACGAGUGCAAAGUAUCUCUCUGUACUCGAGCAGAAGUCGAUCAUGCCAAAACAGCAAGGCCUGAGCUUGAAGACACUAAAAGCCAUCUACUCUACGGGAUCUCCUCUAGCACCGUCGACCUUUCAGUAUGUCUACAAAGCAUUCGGACCAGAUGUCAACCUUGGCUCUAUCACCGGCGGGACCGACAUCAUUUCUCUUUUCGGUGCUCCGUGUCCUCUAAAUCCCGUCUACGUAGGCGAGAUUCAGGUAUUGGGCCUUGGUAUGGCUGUACAAGCAUGGGACUACACAGGCAAAGACGUCAGCUCUUCUGGCGAGCCCGGUGACCUAGUCUGCACCAAGCCCUUCCCGUGCCAGCCAGUGCAGUUCUGGGCAGCGGACGGUAGCGGUGAGAAGAAGUACAGGAGCAGCUACUUUGAGCAGUUUGAGGGCGUGUGGCAUCAUGGCGAUUUCGUGCGCUUCAACCCCACGACAGGCGGACUUUUCAUGCUUGGACGAUCAGAUGGCAUUCUCAAGCCAUCUGGUGUACGUUUCGGAAGUGCAGAGAUUUACAAUAUCCUCUUGAAGCACUUUCCGCAACAAGUGGAGGAUGCUCUUUGCAUUGGCAGACGGCGGGAACAGGACGAUGACGAGACGGUCGUGCUGUUUUUGAAGAUGAAGGACGACAGUCUAUACAACGAUCAACUAGUGAGCGACAUCAAGAGCGUCGUCCGGAAAGAGCUCAGCGCACGCCAUGUACCUGGCAUCAUUGAUAAGUGCCCUGAGAUACCCGUAACGGUCAAUGGCAAGAAGAUCGAAGGUGCUGUCAAGCAGAUCUUGUGCGCCAUGAAUGUCAAGACGAGCGCGAGUGUGGCUAAUUCCGAAUGCUUGGAUUGGUAUCGGGAGUGGGCUACAUCGCAUUGA